UUCUGGGAACAAGUGUAUUUUGCUCUAUGCUUUGGAGGCAGAUCUGUAGUAUUUGCAUUUUCCGCUCUCCGUAACGUUGCCGAUGGGUUUGCCCACUCCCACUUUACCCCGAACAUGACACCGUGCAUACACUACUUGUAAUAUUCGCCAACACGGCUUCAGCCUUGGCAGAAAGGGACAUGAUGACCACUCAAACCGAAGGUUUGAGUCACUGAAGAUUCUGUGAAGUUGUGAAGAACCAAGCAUGUGUAAGCCUGCCUUGAAAGCAAAUAGUUGCCGAGACCAGUCCAGAAUAUCCUGGUCCAUAUAGGCAUACAACGGGAGCAGUGACAAUCAGGUGACUCACUCAGGUAUCAGAUAUGACUCCUCAGAAGGAGCAGGCAGGAGAGUCCUGCUGUCGAAGGUCAGAGGAAGGGGAUAAAGGAGUAGCAACGCCAACCAUGACUGAAGCACAUCCAGUGGCCUUUGAUGCACCAGAUGGGGGCUGGGGCUGGGUGGUUCUGGUUGCCACCAUUGUGGUCCUAGCCCUGACACUGGCCUUUCCAUCCUGUAUGGGCAUCUUCUACACAGAUCUUCAGACAGAGUUUCAUGCCAGCAACAGUGAAACAUCCUGGGUGCCAUCUAUAAUGACUGCAGUCCUACAUGCUGGAGGUCCUCUAUGCAGUGUCUUAGUGGAACGAUUUGGUUGCCGGAUAACAGUUAUGGUGGGAGGAGUCUUGAGUGGAAUGGGAAUGGCAGCCAGCUCCUUUACACAUUCCAUCAUUGGACUUUACAUCACUGCAGGGGUCAUUACAGGCCUAGGCUUUUGUUUCAGCUUCCAGCCGGCUGUCACAAUCCUGGGCCAUUAUUUUGUGCGCCGCCGUGCCUUCGCCAAUGCUAUGUCCUCCACGGGCACCGCUCUGGGCCUAGCCACACUGCCCUUCUUGGGCCACUACCUGCACAGUGAACUGGGCUGGAGAGGUAGUUUCCUUGUGCUGGGCGCUGUGCUGCUCAACUGCUGCGUCUGUGGUGCUGUUAUGAGGCCCCUGGUGCCACGCUUGCCCAAAAGACAGAGUAAAUGCCCUGCACCGGUGCCCGAGGGGGGCCUGAAGGCACGUGUGGGGGUGCUGUCGAAGAGCCUGGCAACAUCCUUCCGCCGCCACAUGGCAUUCGACCUGUUUUGCAGUAACCAUCGGUUUUGCGUCUUCUCGCUGGCCAUCACCUGGAUGAUGCUGGGAUUCGUGGUGCCACUGAUCUUCCUUGUGCCCUACGCCACCGACCACGGCAUGGACCAGAGCGAGGCGGCACUGCUGCUCUCCAUCAUGGGCUUCACCAACAUCUUUGUGCGGCCACCCGUGGGACUGCUCUUUGGCCUGCCAUGGUUCAAGGGUCGCCAUAUCUACGUGAUCUCAGUAGCAGUGCUGCUGAAUGGCCUAAGCGACAGCAUCUGCUGCAUUGCACCCUCCUUCUCUGUGCUGCUGAUAUACGUCCUGUGCUACGGGCUGUCGAUGAGUGUGGUGGGAUCACUGGUCUUCACUGUGUUGAUGGACAUAGUGGACAUGAGGCGCUUUCCUGCAGCACUUGGCCUUCUGUCCAUCAUGGAGAGCGUCACACUGCUGAUUGGGCCACCUCUUGCAGGCAGUCUAGUGGACAGGACUGGAGAGUACACGUACCUGUUCCUGGCCUGCAGUAUCACGGUGGCCUCAUCUGCCUUGUUUCUACUGGUGUCCUUCUACUGGCUGGACAGGCGUGAAGCAGCAAAGAAGGUGGUGCUGCCUACCCUGGAUACACAAGAUGUGUCUGAACACAACCUGGUGCCAAAAUAUCAGUACAUCCGUGUGUCUGUGGAUGGGAAGGAUGAUCGUUCUUUCACCGCAAUGGAGCGCGUCACUAGUGUCUGAACUGUAUCCAUGGCUGCACCAUGACCAUCUCAGUUAGUGUCUCGGGUCUGUGUGCUACAUCAACUGGAUAAAUAUGCACAUGUAUUUCAGUAUGGUACUGUUUACAUUUACAGUUUAUUUGUGUAUGCCACCUAUUCAGGAAAAAAUAGUCUUCCUCUUAUGAAUUUCAAAAUAAGGUUUACCCACCUUGAACUCAGACUUUAGAACAGUUAGGCAUGGCACUUUCACCUGUUUACAUUAUCAGGUUCUUAGAAUCCCAUAAUAAAAUUUCCAUGCCACCAUUUGCACAGAUUCUAGAUCCCUUCAGCUGUACUGCACAGUGAGCUAAUGAGUCUUCUUAUGACAAUAUGGUUAAUGUCCAGGCUGGAAGUUUUAAAAUGAGUGCUGUACAUUUCUUUUAAAGAGUUCUUGACAUCCCCAUAUUACAUAAAACAGGACUUUUAUCAUUUCCCACACAUCAGCUUUGUACUGUUUCACAGUGUUUGAAUGUGCUUCAGUUUUAAUGAUUUGCUUAAUGGUGUCAUGGAAUUGUGCACAAACAAGUGCUAUAUAAAGGAUAAUAUUUAGGUAGAGCUGCUAUCCUGGAGUACAGGCCAAAGAUGCUGCUGCUUCCACUGCUUUUUAGUGAAGUUAAACCAAUACAAAUAUCAACAUUGUUAAUAAAGUUGUUUUAUUUAAAUUUUAUUUUAAUAUUGCUAUUUUCAAUUUGCCAUAUGAAAAGUUUGGAAGUCUACAAAGGAGGAAAGGGCUAUGUAUUUAUCGUAUAUAUCAUUUUAUUUAGAAGACAGCUGAAUUUUUUAUAGAAACUAAUAAAAAUAAAUAGUUCUUAAUUAACUAAGGCAUACAGUCUAUUCACAAUAAAUGAAUCCCAUAGGCUCAUGUAACUGUAAAAUUCCGAAGUCUAGUUAUCACAUAAGGAGAAGGGUCUAUCUGCAGAGCCACAGUACCGCACUUUCAGACCCAGAUUAUCAGGGCCAUACAAGUACACGUCUUGUGGUUCAUUUAAGAAAGUGUUGUAUAUAUUUCUAACCAAAAACAGUUCUUCUGUUGUUAUGAUGUCAAGCUUGUAUAGAAGAACCCUUUUUGGUGCUAUAUAGAACUACAUACCAAGCUAUAUAUAGUGUAUAUAUAGUUCUAAAUAGCACUUUGGUGCUAUAUAGAACUAUAGGUCUGUUUAAAAUAAAAAAUCAGUUGUUGGCAUUGA